AUGUCACUUCAAACUCAGUCCAUGAUUUUUAUGCUAGAUGCUGAGAGCCUUCAUAUCCCAACGAAGCACGCCAAAAUGUCAUUCAAUGAUGAUGUGGAUACACAUAGCAAUCGGAAUAGUCACCAAAAUCACAUUGCCGUUUCUCACCAGUUUGUAGCCAGCACCAAUCAGCACCAACUAGAUCUGAAUAAAAAAAUGGGUGCCGAAUUGCCUGACAUGUUCACUUUUGCACAGCAUAGUGCAUCAGCACCCUUUGAUUGUGUCGCUCAACCACCGACUGAUCACAAUGUCGCGUCGACAGCAUUUUGUUCAUUACCAUUAUUACAGCAAGUAUCUCCUGAUUCUAUUUCCAAUUACGAAUGUCCGGGACAAAAAUACAUGUCGGAAAAAUUAAAGGACUCGGCAUACUUUUCAGCAAAUUUUACAGAUUGUCCCGACAUGGCUCAUAUGCGUAUUCCACCAUUUGCUACCUUAACAAGACAAGUUGCCGUCAUGUCAAUUGGCGAAAACUGUAUAGAUUCUGGACUUGUGUAUUGCCCUGUACCAAAAAAUACUAUUUCCAUCCCUUUGCUUGAAAAAAACACCAUGUUUCAAAGUAAUGAUUAUUUGCAUGCCUUUUCAUUCCAAAAACAAUUGAUUGGGCUUAAGCGCAAGGCAACUUGA